AUGAGUCAGAUUGCUCAAGCGUUGAGCAGCCAGCAUAAGCCAGGGCAAUUCCCAAGGCAGCCAAUUGUAAAUCCUAAGGAUUGCAAGACAAUUCACUUGAGGAGUGGGAAGAGUUAUGAGGGUCCUUCUAUGCCAGAGACCCCACCAAAGCCUGUAGCUGAGCCAAACACUUCACCAAUGGAAGAAGCAGAAGUUGAGACAAAAAAUGAUGAACUUGAAACAUCACCUCCUGCAGUUCACCCUCCUGAGGUGAACACACUAGUCAAGCCAACAGAGGUCAGAGUACCAUUUCCCCAUGUGCUGCAAAAGAAGAAGAAAGAUGAUUUGUUCUCCAAAUUCUGGGAGAUCUUCAAGAAGGUACAUAUUAACAUUCCGCUGAUUGAGGCACUACAGCAAAUGCCUGGAUAUGUUAAAUUUCUUAAGGAGACUGUCUCCAAAAAGAAGAAGUGGGGGCAAUAUGAAACCGUUAACUUGACGAAAAACUGUAGUGCAAUUUUGCAAAGGAAGCUUCCUGCCAAGAUGAACGAUCCGGAGAGCUUUACUAUUGAAUGA